AAUACCAUUAACAGUCCUAUUAGUAUGGCCAAUCUCCCAAAUGAAGACUCUCCAUGGAUGUUCCAAAACAAAGUUCUGAUAGAUUUUGUUUUCUAGAACUUUAUAAUGCAUGUUCUUGCAAGAGAUGCAGUUUCUUUCUGUCCAUUUUCCUUCUGUUUGUAGUCAUUAUUGUGGCGGUGGCUACAUUAUGUGUUAUAUUCAUUAUAAAGCCUCAGAAGCCCAUAUUCUCUCUUGAAUCUAUAAAAGUAGUUUCAUUUGAUAUUGAAACUUCUUCCGGUUCAACCCUCUUUGUUUCAGCUGUUGCCUCUUUGAUCCUAAAUGCUCAAAAUCCCAACAAGCUUGACAUCAAGUACAGCCCUUCAUGGCUCCAUCUUUACUUUGAAGGCCUUCCUGUAGGACUAUUAAGAGUCUCAGGAUUCAGUCAACCAGCUCAUAGUAACAAUACUGAUGUGCUAAUGGGAGCUUUGAUCCAUUGCUUGAACAUAAGCAAUAUAAUUUCUGGCCGAUUAUGGCAAGAUAAGCCAACGUAUAAUGACGUUCCAAUGAGAUUAUUAGGCGAUAUUAGCCUACGGCUGCAGUUGUUUCAUUUAACCAUGCCAAAGAUCAAGGUGUCCCUAGACUGUGAUAUUAAUCUGGAUUAUAGCAAGAUUUCAUUUGUAAACGAAAUUAACUCCAUUAGAUUAGCUCAAAAUUAUACUGCUUCAUUUGCCGCUGGUUCCAAGUAUUUCUUCAACAAAUGUGACAUGGGUAUCUACAUAUGAGGAAAAUUUCUUUCCAAUAUGCCAAUAUUACAGAAGAAAUGAAUGAGCAACUGAAGUAAAUUGUGUCAGCUUUGGUUAAUUUGUCACUAUCAAUGGAUUGAUUUAACACCAAAAAUUUGAAUCCAA